UCUGCAACAACCCCAGGCCGCUGGCGCAGACGAGAGAGUGUGUUCGUGUGUGACAGCGACCGCGACAGCAGGAAGGGAGAUGGCGCGAGGCAAGGCCAAGCUGAAAAAGGGACAGCGGGCGUCGUCCAAGGCGACCACUCAGCCGCUGAAGAGCGCCAAGGCGGCGGCGGCGUCGGCAGCGGCCGCGACGGUGGAUCUCACGUCGACAACAAAGGGAACUGCUCACCAUGCCACACAUCCAACGCGUGCAGAUUCGCUCAGCGAUGCCUCGGCCUCGCCGAGAAACUAUCACAGGGGAUUGGGAGAGAUCAGCGACGUGUUCUCAAAUGCGUAUGACUCUGGGUACGGGUCACACGAGGGCGAUGGAUUCAGCGAGAAUUGCGAUCAUCGCGACCUCGAUGCAGAGAAAAUGAAGAAGGUGGCUGGUCUCUUGUCGGACCUCUUCACCUCGUCAUUUCGCUUGGCAGUACCUUCGCUUUUCCGAGGCAUGAUCCAAAACUUGCAGGAUCAGGUGCUCUUGGACAAGCUGAUGGGCUUUCUUGACGAUGGAUUCGAGCCUACGCUCAUCCGCAACAUGGCCUUGGACGACAGCACCCGUGAAGGCAUCAAGAUGCAGAUUAAGCUAGCAUGCGAUGACGAGCUGCCAGAUGUCGUCUUGAAGCUGUCGACAGAGGAUUGCUUCGACCUCGCUUGUGACUUGGCGGUGCGACACGGUCGAGACUUGCAGACGUGGGGCCCACCCUGCGCAUGCUCCUUCUCCUCUUGCCUCUCUUGCCUCGAAAAGCUCGUCGUUUCCGUCCGAAACACUCCGCCCGUGCCACCCGCCGCGGUACGGCCAAUCGACGGGCAACAGCUUGUUCUCGCCAUCGAGGAAACGUUGAAUAGCGAGGAUGCUUCAGACUCCGAGGCCGGGCCGAUCAGGAGUCUUGUCACCAAGGGAUCCGAUGUGGCCACGAUGCCCUGGGUGAAAGUCAUGGAAGAAGCGUGGACGUCGAUGGCCCAGAUUCUAUGGAAAACAGCAGACCAGAUCGAUCCUCUCAGCAUACCAAAGGUCAAGGAUGCCUACGAAGCUCUCACAAAGCUUGAUGGCUUGGAUCUGUGGUAUACGAUUGUGACAAGGGAACUCGAGGCAACCUGCCACCUUCACGGCGGUGAUCUAUCGACGGACGCUCAUUCUCUCGACAAGACCCGGAUUCUGCGGCCGGAAAAGACUGGGAAGCUGGCUUCGUUGGCGUCAGGGCGAGGAGGGAUCCUGGCGCUGAGUACACAAUACGACCGGAUGAAAAAGGAGAAUAUGAAGCUCAGGGCCGAACGAGGACUGUCAGUGGACGAAGUCGAUGAGGUGGGAAUUUUCUAUCGCAAAUCUCUGGCCAGAGCGAUACGAGAGCAGGGCAACUCAGCUUUUGCUCGACACGAAUUUCAGGAGGCUGCCGAGCACUACACGCGUGCAAUGGGCUACGAUUCCGAGGAGCCGGUGUUUCCGCUCAAUCGAGCAGCAUGUUUGGUCAAGCUGGCACGCUUUCAAGAGGCGGAGAAGGACUGCAGCAUGGCCAUCGAACUCGACAAGACGAAUCACAAGGCCUGGUUCCGGCGAGGGGUCAGUCGUGCUGGCCAGGGCAAGGUCGGUAUGGCCAGAAAGGACUUUGAAGAGGUGCUGAGGAUGCAGAGGAACGAUGCGGGGGCUUUCGAUGAGCUUAGGGGCCUUAGCAUGCAAUUCUUGGAGGAGGCGCAUCGGAAGACUGCGAAAGACUCUCCUGCCAAGGGCAAAGUCAAAUUCAAGGAGCUGCCGACGAGAGAAGAGAUGGCGGGCAAAGCAAAGGAGAUUGUCAACGACGAAGACAUGGCAGUGACUGAGAGCCAGACGUCGGCAACAACAGAGACGAGAAUGAUGCGAUCCGACUCGCAAAUCAGCACAAAUUCCAACGGGAGCUCCUCUUCGUUUUCCUCUGCGAAAGCAGAUAGAGAGGGCGGCUUGGUGGAGAGCAACUUGCAAGCAUCGCUGAAAGCGUACGAAGAGGUCCUCAGCCAGACUUCCUUUGCGCUCGCUUUCAGCAUGGUCGUGCGGCAGCGGACAGGCUUCAACGUUCACGUUCCGAUUCCUGCGUGGAUCCGACCGCCCUCCUCGCAUUCGUCUUAGUCGGGAGCCCUGCUCUUCGUUGCGGUGUCUCAUUGUCUGUCAUAUCAUUGUAUUCUAGCAAAACAACUACCUCUGUACCACACACGAUCUCAUGAUGCCUUGACAUCAUUAUCAUUUAC